AUGCUACGGUCCUACUUUACCACAAUACCAAUUUUCCUACUCCUGCUUGUGUCUCCUCAAACUAAAGCUGAUCUAUACUUAGAAAAGCAAGCCCUACUUGAUUUUGCUGCUGGACUUCAUCAUGGUCCAAAAGUCAACUGGAACUCUAGUUCCUCAAUCUGCACUUCAUGGGUGGGCGUUACAUGCAGUCAUGAUGGCUCCCAUGUGCUUUCUGUGAGGCUUCCAGGUGUAGGAUUGCGCGGUUCUCUCCCACCAAACACACUUGGUAAGCUUAAUGGCCUCAUUAGUCUCAGUCUUAGGUCCAACAGCUUGAUGGGGAACCUUCCAUCUGACCUACUUUCCCUUCCUUCUCUGCGCUUUGUAUAUCUCCAACACAACAACUUCUCAGGUCAUAUUCCUGAUUCUCUACCACCCCGGCUUUUCUUUCUUGAUUUGUCCUAUAACUCUUUCACAGGACAAAUUCCAACCUCAAUCCAAAACUUGACACAACUAAUAGGACUCAACCUCCAAAACAACUCUCUCACAGGAUCUAUUCCUGAUGUUAACCUUCCAAGCCUUAAGAAUUUGGAUUUGAGCUUCAACUACUUGAAUGGUUCUAUUCCUUCGCGUUUCCAUAAGUUUCCUGGCUCCUCAUAUAGAGGGAAUUUGAUGUUAUGUGGAGCACCUUUGAAACAAUGUUCUUCAGUUUCCACUACUACCACAUUGUCUCCGUCAACAGUCUCUCAAAGACUAAGUGAUCCAUCAAACAGGAAAAUGAGCAAGGGGGCAAAAAUAGCAAUUAUUUUGGGGGUUGUGGCAUUGCUGUUUCUUCCAGGUCUUAUAGUAGCGUUUUGCUGUUUCAAGAAAAAGGUUGGUGAACAAAAUGUUGCACCUACGAAGAAAGGUCAGAAGCUUAAGGAGGACUUUGGUAGUGGUGUGCAAGAACCUGAGAGAAACAAGCUUGUAUUUUUUGAAGGUUGUUCUUAUAAUUUUGAUCUGGAGGACUUGUUAAGAGCUUCAGCUGAAGUUCUUGGGAAGGGAAGUUGUGGAACGACAUAUAAAGCCAUCUUGGAGGAUGGAACGACAGUGGUCGUGAAGAGGUUAAAAGAGUUGGCUAUGGGGAAAAAAGAAUUUGAACAGCAAAUGGAGAUUGUCCAAAGACUUGAUCAUCACCCAAAUCUGAUUCCCCUUCGUGCUUACUACUAUUCAAAAGAUGAAAAACUAAUGGUUUAUGACUACUCAACAGCCGAAAGUUUUUCCAAGUUAUUGCAUGGAACCAGGGAAAAUGGACGAGCUCCACUAGAUUGGGAUUCAAGAUUGAAGAUCAUGGUUGGAGCUGCAAGGGGCGUUUGUCAUAUCCACUCAGCCAAUGGAAGGAAACUUGUCCAUGGCAAUAUAAAAUCGUCUAAUGUGAUUCUCUCGAUGGAUCUCCAGGGCUGUAUAUCAGAUUUUGGCCUAAGUCCCCUAACAAAUUUCUGUGCCUCCUCCAGAAGUCCAGGCUAUGGAGCACCUGAAGUUAUUGAAACAAGAAAGUUCACUCAAAAAUCUGACGUGUACAGCUUUGGUGUUCUCCUUCUUGAGAUGCUGACUGGAAAAACACCAGUUCAGUACUCAGGGCAUGAUGAAGAGUUUGAUCUUCCAAAAUGGGUCCAAUCUGUUGUUAGAGAGGAAUGGACUGCUGAAGUGUUUGAUCUUGAGCUAAUGAGGUAUCCAAACAUUGAAGAUGAACUUGUGCAGAUGCUGCAACUGGCAAUGGCAUGUGUAGCGAUGGUGCCUGACACAAGACCCUCAAUGGAGGAAGUUGUUAGGACAAUUGAAGAAAUUAGAGCUUGCAUUUAUUAA